AUUUAUAAGCUACCAUGAUGAAUUUGCUCAGUGUAUAAUAUAUAAUAUAUGAUCUUGUUUUAGGCCUUUUACUUGUCCAUAUGAUGGAUUGUUCAACAUUUUAUGCCAUUAUUUUUCUUAUUCUUGGUAGCCAACAACGUUAUUUUCCAAUCCCAGGUGUCGUUUCCAGCAAUGUUUACAUCGUUUAUAUGGGUGGUAGAAGCCAUGAUGACCAACCUGAGCUAGCUGAAGUUUCUCACUAUCAGAUUCUCUCCAACAUUCUUGGAAGGUUUAAUUGCUGAAUUAUAUAAAUUGUUUUUGCUCUAAAUUUUUAGGGAAAAAGAAAGGUUAUCAUGCAUCUAAAUUAUCUUUUUGGCCUUGAAGACAUAUGGAAGAUUGUUGAUGGAUUUACUUGGCCUGUGUUGUUUUACCAGUAAGGAAGCUGCACAGGAUUCGAUUCUGUACAGCUAUAAGCAUGGAUUUUCCGGGUUUGCAGCAGUUUUAGAGCCUUUUCAGGCUGCAGCUAUUGCAGGUUUUUACUGACUGUCUGAACCCUUUUCAGCAGUAAUGAUUCUUGACCUUUUACAGUGUUUAAAACUAGUUUUAAAAAUGCAGGCAUCCCAGGUGUUGUUCAUGUAAUUCCUAAUAGAAUCCUUAGUUUGCAUACUACUAGAAGUUGGGAUUUUCUUCAAGUUCUGCCUUUUAGGAGUGAUGGGAUUCUUGCAAGAGCUGAAUCUGUUGGCUUAGGUUCCAUAAUCGGUGUUUUGGAUUCUGUACAGGGAUAUGGCCAGAAUCUGAAAGCUUUAGAGAUGACAAAAUGGAAAGUGUGCCACCUCGUUGGAAAGGAAAAUGCCAGGCAGGAGAGAAAUUCGACCAAUCAAACUGCAAUAGGAAGAUCAUCGGUGCUCGAUGGUACAUAAAAGGAUUCCAGGCCGAAAUUGGUAACAUUAGUACAGAAGAUGGAGCCGAAUUCUUAUCAGCCCGAGAUGCCACAGGACAUGGAACGCAUACAUCAUCUACUGCGGCUGGCACAUACGUUGAAAAUGCUGAUUUUCUCGGGUUAGCGAAAGGGCAGGCAAGAGGAGGUUUCCCUUCAGCGAUGUUGGCGAUAUAUAAAGUUUGCUGGGCAAGUGGAGGUUGUAGCACUGCUGACAUCCUUGCGGCUUUUGAUGAUGCAAUUUUUGAUGGCGUGGAUAUCAUUUCGAUGUCUCUGGGUUCAGUUCCUCCACUUUCAUCGUACAUUGAUGAUGUUGUUGCUGUCGGAUCUUUCCAUGCUGUGGCUAGAGGAAUUCCGGUGGUUUGCUCUGGUGGAAAUGGCGGUCCCUUUCCGCAAACGGUUGUAAAUACCUCUCCAUGGGUGAUCACUGUUGCAGCUAGCACAAUUGAUCGGGCUUUUCCAACUGCCAUUACCCUUGGGAACAACAUAACCAUUGUGGGCCAGUCUUUAUAUGUGGAGGAAAAAUUUGAUGGGUUCUACCCUAUUGUUUAUGGUGAAGAUAUAGCUUCUGAUGAUGCAGAGGAAUUUGAAGCAAGAAAUUGUGAUGAGGGAGCCCUAAAUGCAACUCUUGCACAGGGUAAGGUCAUCCUUUGUUUCGAAUCACAGUCUCAAAGGUCCGCGAUUUCUGCUGCAAGAAAUGUACUGAUUGCUGGAGGAGUUGGACUCAUUUUUGCCCGUUUUCCAACUAAAGAAGUGGCACUCUGCACUGAUGUACCCUGCAUACAAGUGGACUUUUCACUGGCAACAACUCUGCUGACAUACAUUGGAAGCGCAGACAAUCCAAUGGUGAAGUUCAGUGCUCCCAAGACUUCUUUGGGUAAAAUGAUCUCCCCAGAGGUGGCUCUCUUCUCUUCUAGAGGACCGAAUUCGCUGUCUCCCUCGGUCCUCAAGCCCGACAUCGCUGCUCCUGGAGUUAACAUAUUGGCUGCUUGGUCGCCUGCUUCCUCCGUCCUCACAAAUGUGGAUGCCGGGAAGACUCGAGCAGAUGAAUCAGCAGCGCUUUUGUUCAACAUCGUAUCAGGAACUUCCAUGUCGUGCCCCCAUGUAUCCGCAAUUGUGGCUCUUUUAAGGGCUAUUCAUCCCACCUGGAGUCCUGCUGCCCUUAAAUCAGCCCUUGUGACCGCAGCUUCUUCAACUGAUGAAUACCGUCAGCCUGCAUUUGCAGAAGGAGCUCCACACAAACAGGCCGAUCCAUUCGAUUAUGGCGGUGGCCAUGUUGAUCCAAACAAAGCCAUAGAUCCCGGGUUGAUCUUCGACCUAACGACAAAAGACUACUUAGGUUUCCUAUGCGCAAUGGGCUACAACAACACAGCCAUCAGCUUACUAACUGGCCUUGAUCAUUCCCCCUGUCCUAACACCAGUAACAAUAACUUCCUGGCAAACUUCAAUCUGCCUUCCAUAUCAAUCCCUGAGUUGAAGCAUUGCGUGACGGUAUCAAGAACAGCGACGAAUGUCGGGCCUGAGGAAUCUGUUUACUUUGUUCGGGUUGAAUCUCCACCCGGGAUAGAUGUGGAAGUGGAUCCUCCAAUGUUGAAUUUUGAUAAUGGUGCUAAAAAGAAGUUGAAGUUUAAGGUUAGGAUAUGUCCUAGGUUGAGGGUACAAGGAAGCUACGUUUUUGGAAACUUGUUUUGGGAGGAUGGAUUUGAUCAUGUGGUGAAGUUACCUUUAAUAGUUCGACCUGUCAUUGACAAUUUUGUGUACUAAUAGUUUGCAAAUAAUGCAAUGCCUUUGGUUAUCUGCAGUCUUUUUAUUUUAGUAACUGCGGUAGAAAUCAAACCGUCAAUCUUUUUAAAUGUAAUGAUGUUAAAAUCGAAUUGUAUCUAACAUGCUUACUAAAAGCCCCGCUCUUUAAAAUAUUU